CAUUUCGUAUAGGGAAACAACAAUACUGUUGGUCCUGGGUACUGCUGGUGCUGCUGUAGUUCUGUAGUACAAUUGUCAAACUCCAAUUUAUUGUUUCGUUUCGUGUUUUAUGCAUACAUGCGACAAGUCAUAAGAAAAAAAUGAAGACACGAUUCGACACGCUCGAUCUCGUGUGCUCCGUCACGGAGUUACAGAGGCUCGUUGGUAUGCGAGUUAAUCAAAUAUAUGAUAUCGAUCAUCGAACUUAUCUUAUCCGACUGCAGCGCAGCGAAGAAAAAUGUAUUUUACUAUUGGAAUCUGGCAAUAGAAUUCACACCACGGCCUUUGAAUGGCCAAAAAAUACUGCACCCUCCGGCUUUUCCAUGAAGUUGAGGAAACACCUUAAAAACAAGCGUCUGGAGAGUCUCAAGCAAAUUGGUAUGGACAGAAUGAUAGAUUUGCAAUUUGGCAGCGGAGAAGCUGCUUAUCAUGUUGUGUUGGAACUGUACGACAGGGGAAAUAUUGUUCUAACAGAUCAUGAAAUGACGAUAUUAAAUAUUUUGAGACCUCACACCGAAGGUGAAAAAAUACGAUUUGCAGUGAAAGAAAAGUAUCCCCUGGAUCGUGCACAUACAGAUCCUAUGCCAUCGGGAGACGAGAUCAAGAAUAAAUUGAAGGAGGCAAAGGAAUGGGAGAGUUUGAAAAAGGUUCUAAACCCACUAGUCGAGUUUGGCUCGGCAUUGAUAGACCAUGUCCUUUUGAAAUGGAAUUUCGUGUUGGGAUGUAAAAUAGGUAAAGAUUUCAAGGUGGAUGAAGACUCGGAUCGAUUGUUGUUAGGAUUGAAAGAAGCGGUUGAAAUAUUGGAGCAGAUGAAACGAGCUCCUGCUGGGAAAGGUUACAUAAUUCAGAAGAAAGAAACAAAACCUUUACCGGAUGGGGGAGAAGAUUUUAUGCUCGCAAAUGUGGAAUUUCAUCCGAUAUUGUUGGAGCAAAAUAAAAAUCAGCCUUACAGAGAAUUCGAGACUUUUGACCAAGCUGUCGACGAAUAUUACUCGUCGAUGGAAAGCCAAAAAUUGGACCUCAAAGCUUUGGCCCAAGAACGCGAAGCGUUGAAAAAAUUGAAAAACGUUCGUAUGGAUCACGAUCGUAGGCUCGUCAGCUUGAAGCAAACUCAAGAAAUCGACGAACUGAAGGCGGAAUUGAUAACGAGAAAUCAAAAAUUGGUCGAAGACGCUGCCUUCGCUCUUCAAUGCGCUCUCGCCAGUCAAAUGUCCUGGCCCGAAAUUCAAGCUAUGCUCAAGGAGUCUCAAGCCAUUGGUGACCCCGUAGCGUUGGCCAUAAAAAAAUUGAAACUUGAGACAAAUCACGCCUCUAUCUAUCUGACCGAUCCCUAUGCCGACGACGACGAGGAUUGUAUUCAACCUAUGAUCGUCGAUAUCGAUCUUGCCUGCUCGGCUCAUGCCAACGCCAAAAAAUAUUACAGUAAAAAAAAAAUGGCAGCUAAGAAGCAACAAAAAACCAUCGAAUCCGAAAGCAAAGCUCUCAAAUCCGCCGAACGGAAAACCAAACAGACUCUCAAGGAGGUUCAAGCCAUUCAUAGCAUCAAUAAAGCCAGAAAAGUUUAUUGGUUCGAAAAAUUUUAUUGGUUCAUUACUUCCGAAAAUUAUUUGGUUAUUGGUGGGCGCGAUCAGCAACAGAACGAAUUGAUAGUUAAACGUUAUCUUCGCCCUGGUGAUGUGUACGUCCACGCGGAUCUUUCUGGUGCGAGCUCUGUUGUCGUCAAAAAUCCAAAUAGCGAACCUGUUCCACCAAAAAGUUUGGCAGAGGCUGGCACAAUGGCUGUGGCUUACAGUGUUGCCUGGGAAGCAAAGGUCAUUGCGGGCGCAUGGUGGGUGAACCAUGACCAAGUCUCAAAAACAGCUCCAACCGGAGAAUAUUUGACAACGGGUUCGUUUAUGAUUCGAGGGAAAAAAAAUUAUCUCCCGCCUUGCCAAUUGGUGAUGGGGCUUGGUUUUUUGUUUCGACUCGAGGAGAGUUCGAUCGAGAGGCACAAAGAUGAAAGGCGAGUGAAAACAAUUGAGGAAGACUAUAUACCAAUGGAAAAUUCGAUCGAAGUCGACAAGGAAAUUGAACUGGAAGACGAUCAUGAGGACGAAGAAGAAAAAACCGAGCAACAGAGAGAUCAGGAAAGAGGCGAUUUUUCUCAUACGAAAGAUCAACUGAAUACGAUCGAGGAAGAAAAUCCACAAAAUUUUCAUGCAGACUCGUCUUGUAGUGAUGAUGACGAGGAAGAAAGUUCUUUGUUCCCUGACACACAAAUUAAGUUGGAUCUCUCAGGAUCGAGAAUGAAACUCGUGAUAAACAAUAGUCAACCAUUGUCGAGCCCUGCGGUAGAAAAAAACGAGGAAAUUGUAUUCUUGGGUGACGAUAAACCGGUUGCCCUAAAGCCUUCGGAAAUGACGUCGAAAAAAGGAAAACAAAGAACGAAAGGAAAGACGAAAGACGAAGAACCAGAACCAAAAAAUAAAGAGGUCAAACAGAACGAGCCUAAUAUCAUGAAAAGAGGUCAAAAGGGACGACUGAAAAAAAUGAAGGAGAAAUAUAAGGACCAGGACGAGGAGGAUCGAAGAAUUCUUAUGGAAGUCCUAAAGUCAGCCGGAGCUGCGAAGGAGGACAAACGAAAGAACAAAAAUCAGGAUCCAUCUGGUCCGAAACAAGGCAAAAAACGAGGAAAUUUAAAUAAGCCAAAUUUAGCCGCACUGCAAUAUGCAAAAAAUAUGGAAAAUGCGGACGACGAUGACGUUGGACCGGCGCCGGAAAUAGAUAUGCUAGAUCAGUUGACCGGAAAGCCCCUAGCCGAAGAUGAAUUAUUGUUUGCCGUGCCCGUUAUAGCUCCUUACAAUACUGUGCUCAAUUAUAAAUUCAAAGUAAAAAUGAUGCCAGGAACGGGGAAAAGAGGCAAAGCGGCAAAAACUGCAGUAGCAGUGUUCUUGCGCGACAAAACGAUAACUCCGCGGGAGAAGGAUCUUCUAAAGGCGGUCAAAGAAGAGACGAUCGCAAGAAACAUACCUGGAAAAGUGAAAAUAAGCGCUCCACAGAUACAAAAAUUGAAAAAGUAAUAUUUAUUAGAAAAGUAAUCCCCUUAUCUCAAUUUUCUGUAUAAAUGUAAGAAUGAAACGUGAUAUCAAAGGAUAUUACAAAAAUUCAUCUUUA